AUGGCGGAGCAGCUAACUGAGGAACAGAUCGCUGAGUUCAAGGAAGCUUUUAGCCUCUUCGACAAGGACGGAGAUGGUUGUAUUACAAGCAAAGAGUUGGGAACUGUGAUGAGAUCUUUGGGACAAAAUCCCACUGAAGCUGAACUGCAAGAUAUGAUCAAUGAAGUUGAUGCUGAUCAAAACGGUACCAUAGAUUUCUCUGAGUUCUUGAAUUUGAUGGCACGAAAAAUGAAGGGCACUGAUUCUGAUGAUGAACUCGAAGAAGCUUUGAAGGACACUGAUUCGGAGGAGGAACUCAAAGAAGCUUUCAAGGUGUUCGAUAAAGAUCAAAAUGGCUUUAUUUCUGCUGCAGAGCUUCGUCAUGUAAUGACAAACCUGGGGGAGAAGUUGACUGAUGAAGAAGUGGAUGAGAUGAUUAGGGAAGCAGAUCUGGACGGUGACGGUCAAGUGAAUUAUGAGGAGUUUGUGAGGAUGAUGCUUGCUAAGUGA